AUGGAUUUCAAUGUAACAGGUUCUUCCCUUACCAGCCAAGACCCAAUGAAUGUAUAUCUUGAGAACAUCACUGUGGAUAUCUCGAGGCAAGGGAUUUUCUUUUAUCCGUUAAAUGUGUUCUGAAACUAUCCAGAAGCGUUCACACAUAAUAUUGUCUAUGUGAAAAAUGUGACUCCUCUGAUUUCUCUCAAAAAACCAGUUUAUGAUUUCAGCUUAUUAAAUUCUGCUCUUCCUGGGAACCACACCAUGAUUGAUAUUGAUUGUGGAGGAGUUCCUGUUAACCUCCAAAUUGAUAUUUGUAUUGUUGUUAGCUUUAGACCAACUUGAAUUCCUGACGAUGGAAUACUCCAAACUAUUGACUAUGAUUCCAUACAUACGGAUGGGAGACCACAAGAUGCUGGAGUUGGAAAUUUGUUAAUUUUGCCAGUUAUCACUAAUGCAGCUCCUUAUCGGCCAGUUCAUAUAAAUAUGACGAAUUUUGAUUUCAUCAAUAUUAUUCAAAAUUGGGACUAUGGAUUGUUCUAUUUAUACACUUCCGGAGCUGAAACGGCUGAAAUGACUAAUGUAAAAAUAUACAAUGUCUCAUGCAGCUUGUUUUUUGCAGAAUUUUUGGUUAUUAAGGAUUUAAAAAUUAAGAACCUUACUUUUGAGAAUAGUUUGGACCAUCAAGGUGAAAUACUCAAAAUUACUGCAAGUGGAAACAUUGAACUUGAAAACAUUGCUUUAAGAAAUUAUAGUAGUCAUGGGGUGUCUAAUCCUCCAAUAUUUUCUACUCUAUUUCCUAGCACAACUUCAAUGACUAUGAGAGAUUUCAGCUUCGAAGAUAUUGAAAUAGUUUCUGCAUCGUUAUUUCAUUUAAAUUCUCCACCAGCCAUGAUGACAGUAAACAAUUUCAUGUUUAAGAAUUGUAAAACACCAGAUGAUCAAUCUUUGUUAAGCUUCGAUUACAUAAAUUCAAUUACAGUUUCUAAUAUUACACUGGAAAAUGUGAACCCUAUGAGUUCUUCUGGACAAACAGAGAAGAUUAUAAGAAUUGGUUCUCUAAACUAUGAAGAAAUGCAUACUGCUGAAUUUUCAGACAUCACAAUCUUGAGUUCUUCUCUUUCAUUGUUUGGGAUCGGAAGCCUUACAGCUUUAUCAAGCUCAGAGAGAUAUAUUUCAUUUAAUAAUAUAACAUACUCUGGAUGUAACAUUCUGUCUACAAGAUCAUUGGUUUCGACUGAUAGAUUUACAGGAGAUUUCAAAUUGCAGAUCCAGUUUAGUAAACUCAAAUUUGUGGGGAUAGAGUUUGCAAUCGCUGGAUCUUUAAUAGAGCUAAAACACCAACUUCCUACCGUUGUAAAGUUUGAAGAAUGCUUAAUUUCUGGAGUCAAUUCUGGGGUUAUUAAAGCUGUAGGUCGGAAAAUAUCAAGUUCCCUUAACACGAAAGUCAUAUUUGUGAACUCUGCUUUCUCAAACAUAACUCUUCUCAUGAACCCAUUUAUCUCAACAAGACAGAAUAUGAUUAUUGAGAUUGAGAAUAGUUCAUUCACUGGCUUUACGUCGAUGAGUGUUAUUGCAGGAAUACUCAGAACAUCUGAUAAGUCUGUGGUUACAAUUAAGAAUACACAGUUCAAAAAUAACUCAGCUAUUGUAUCAUCAAUUUUCAGAGCUGAAACUGAAGCAAGUAUUAUUUGAGAUAAUUGCAAAAUCUCUAACAACUUCGGAGUCACAAAUGGAGUUUUUGAAAUCGAAUCAGGAGGAGUGUUGAAAAUAUUUAAUAGUGAAAUUUUUGAGAACUAUGCAAUCCAUUACGCAGUCGGUUCAUUCUUGUCUGCUUUUACUCCCUCAAUCAUCAGCGAAACUCAAAUUUAUUCAAACGAUGUAAUAUUUGAAAGCAAUUUAACUGUAGAACUUACUUCUAGCUGCGUCAGACUCUGAUUUUUGAAUGAUUUGAUAAAAAGUUAUCUUACAAAUUUAAAUUUUACGACCAUUACUCAGACGGACACUCUGCUACAAGUGCUUUUAGCUGAGGUUCAUAUUGUGAACAAUACACAAAUAUACAAUACCACUUCCGUUGUAUACAGUCUUUCUUCUGUUUUAUUGGUAGAGAACUCUUUGAUAUUUGAUAUAAACUUUGUAAAAUCUCCAAUGAAUCUGAUUUCAACCGAGGCAACUCUAAGUAAUCUAACAAUAGCCAAUUGAUCGAAGUUGCAAACUCAAGACGACAUUGCAUUUAUUCAAAUAACAUCUGGGACUUUGAUAUCUUCAAAUUUAAAGUUAUUCAAUUCUAAUUUCAAAGUUUCCCAAUUAUCAUUCUCAAGUGGAACAAUGACCAAUACCCAAUUGACAAAUGUAGUGAAUGAUGAAGGCCUUAUUAAAUGCCUUAAAUGCCAAAAAUUUAAAUUAGACACUCUGUUGUUAAUAAAUUCUUAUUCGGUAUCGAAUCCUUUACUCAAUCUUCAAGAGGCUCUUAAUGUGGAGUUGAUUAAUAUCAAACUCUCUGGAUAUCAAUAUAAGCUGGCACAGUUUUCAUUCUCCAAUAUUACUUUGAUACAAAACUUAGAGAUCAGUGAUGGAAAGCAGACUCUCGAGUUCAUAGAGUCUAACCUUCUCAAGAUGAACAACUCCAAUUUCUCUGAUAAUAAUGAUGACACUGGCAUAGGUAGAGGCGGAGCCAUUCAGAUUUUUAAUAGCAAAAUAAAUAUUGAAAACACAACAUUCACAAACAACUCUGCAUAUUUUGGAGGAGCCAUAACUUUUGAGUGCACAAGCAUGGCUAACUGAGAAUUAAAUAUUGAGAACUCCAAAUUUUGGAAUAAUAGUGCCCAAGAGAGAGGAGGAGCAAUCUACUAUAAUUACAACUAUCCAAGAGUUAGAAACACUGAAUUUAUUGACAACAAAGCAGACUAUGGCCCGAACUUUGCUAGUUAUCCUGCAAAGAUAGGGCUUGCAAAUAGUUCUCUUGACGAAGAUAUUAUUGUGAACAACAUCGGAUCAGGGAUUAAGAUUGAUCAGAUUUUAACUCUUGCACUUUUUGAUAUGGACAACCAAAUAAUGAACCUGGAUAAUUCAAGCCAGAUCAUCAUCCUGCCAAGGAAUGCAUCUGAAGCCAGUAUAAACGGAUUCAAUAUAGUUUCAACAGAAAAGGGGAUAGCUCAGUUUGACAACAUUGCUUCUAUUACAAACGGGAGAAUUCUCACCUCAAACUUUACUUUAAGUUCAAAAUCAAUAAAAACUACCAAAGUUGAAGAGGUCUUAGGAGCUUCGUUCCGGCAGGAUGACCUCCAAAUCAAUUUCAGAGAUUGAAAGCCAGGGGAAAUAGUUGUUGGAGACCAAUGAAACGUAUGAGCUGCAGGUACAUACUCGCUCGAUUGGAAUGCUACUGAAUGAGUAGAUUGAGCCCUAGAUGCUGAUUGUCUCGGUGGCACCCAAAUAUCUGUGAGAUCUGGAUAUUGGAGGAGGUUCCAAAAUUCAAGCAAGAUUGUUGAAUGAAUCUUUAAAGAUGCUUGUAUUGGAGGAUUUAUAGAUGAAAACACUGAUGAUCAAACUUCGAAUUCCAAGAGUAGCAACCCAGUAAAGUGUGCACAAGGAUAUCACGGCAACCUCUGUUCCCAAUGAGUUGUAACUGGAGAUGUAAAAUAUGAGAGAGUUAAUGACUACGAAUGACAGAAAUGCCCAAAUCAAAUACUGAAUUCCAUCAAAGUUGUAUUCACAAUUCUUAUUGUCUUACUAUUUUUCAUAUUUAUGGUAGUCAUUAAUGUGAGGAAAACUGAUGAGAGCGAACUAUCAAUCCUUCUAAGAAUUCUUACUAAUUAUAUCCAGCUUAUAACUGUGUGAAUAUCAAUGACUAGUGAUUACCCAGCUGGAUUUCUUUCAUUGGCGAUUCCAAUGAGAUUAUUUGGAUCAUCUACUGAUUCUUUAAUUUCAUUUGACUGUUUUAUUCAAGAUUCAGAAAUUAAAUUUAUUUUUGACUCUAAUGCAAUCUUUAAACUGUUCUUAAUGAUCUUUUUGCCAAUAGCCUUGUUCAUUACUAUUGCUGUAAUGUGGAUCAUAAUUAAAUUAAUCAGGCCAGCUUGGUGCACAGACAUGAAAAGAGCUCUUGCUAUCUCUUUCAUUACUAUCAUCUUUAUCUUGCACCCAAAACUAACUGAGAAAAGCAUAAGCAUGUUCAAAUGUAUUGAAAUUGAUGAAGGAUACAGUGUGGCAAGAAUAGAUACUAACAUUGAAUGAUUCUCAACAACCCAUUUGAAAUGGUGACUAAUAGUCGGAGCACCAAUAAUAAUAGUUUGGGUCAUUGCUUGACCCUUAAUAGCAUACAUCGCUAUUCACCACGAAAGAGGAAAGCAGAAUAGUAAAACCAUGGAAUACUUCCUGAUGAUCUAUCAAGGAUUCAGGCCUCAAGUUCUAUAUUGGGAGUUUGUUAAUACCCUCAGGAAAAUUGCACUCUUACUGGUUCUUCUCUUCGAGCUCAAAGUAGCAAUCAAUUUGUCUUUGAUAAUACUUCUAUUAACAGCUCGACUUCAAAUCAAGGUGAAGCCUUACAAGAGUUUUGAGAACAACAAAAUAGAGUUCUUAUCUAUAAUGGGAGGUGUCACUUUGAUAAUGGGAGCUCUUGUGUAUACUAGAUAUGAGCAACAUAAUGCUCUCAACACAUUUGUAUUCAUCUCUAUCAUUGCCAUAAAUAUUAAAUUCCUGGCAGAAUGGCUGCUAAUAUUAAUGAAGCUGUAUGAAGACAAGAAUCAUUUUGUCCGCACUCUUGCGAUUGUCCUCUCAAAGAUUGUGUGAAAAGGAUCUCAAACUCGAGAAAGAAAAGAAGCUGAAACAAAAUCUAUUCCUAAAACAUCUGAAGUGAAAAAGCAAGAGAAAAAUACAAAAUCUACUGGUUUAAGGAAGAGAACCCUAGCAAAGUCCAAAUCGAUUAGGAAGAAAAGGAAGAUUAAGAAAAGAAACCGUACAAAAGUGAAAAAGAAUGCUCGUGAACACCUACCUCAUUUUGAAAAUGACGAACAAGGUAUUGGACCUCUUACAUGCUCUCCUUGAGUAUUUUUAAUCAAUCAACUACCCAAAUUAUCGAAGGAGCAAAUGGGAAUGAUCAGAUUAGUAUCCGCACAGUAG